AUGGCGGCUGCUGAUCUGAGAGAUGAGCUGGACUGUUCCAUCUGUCUGGACAUUUAUACAGAUCCUGUAAACCUGAGAUGUGGACACAACUUCUGUCGGGCAUGCAUAGGUCAUGUUUUGGAUGCACAGGAAAGGUGUGGAGUUUACUCCUGUCCUCAAUGCAGACAAAGGUUUACAAGUCGUCCCACACUUCAGAGGAACAUAAACCUGCGUAACAUUGCAGAGGUUUUCCGAGCUACUCAGCCAGACGAAGGGGAGACCGGAAUCUUUUGUUCUUACUGUAUUCGCUUUUCUGUACCUGCUGUUAAAUCCUGUCUGCAGUGUGAAGCUUCUCUGUGUGAGAAGCAUCUAAAAGUUCACAGCAAGUCGUCAUCAGAGCACGUCAUAAUUGAACCCACCACUUCCAUGGAGAACAGAAAAUGCUCCGUCCAUAAGAAGAUUCUGGAGUACUACUGCACCAUGGAGGGUACCUGUAUCUGUGUGUCCUGCAGUUUGGCUGGAGAACACCAGGGACACAAGGUGGAGACUCUGGAUGAGGCCUCUGAGAAGAAGAAACGUGAACUAAAAAAUGAUCUGCAGGGACUCAUCACAGAGAGAGAGGAGACUCAGCAAAGAGUCCAGAGUCUGCAGGAACGCAUGAGAAAUGUACAUCAGAAAGCAGCUGAGGAAAAGGUGAGAGUCACUGCCCUGUUCAGAGACCUCAGGAGACAUCUGGAGGACCUGGAGAAGAGAAUCCUGAGGGAGAUCUCUGAGCAGGAAGAGAAGCUCUUACUACCACUGUCUGACCUAAUCCAUCAAAUAGGAAAAAAGAAGGACGAGCUGUCCAUGAAGAUACGUCACAUUGUGGAAAUGUGUAACAUGACUGACCCACUGACUAUUUUGCAAGAAUCAGACACAGGGGACUUUUAUGAUGCUGAGGAGGUAGAUGAUGAGGACAGAGAGAGACAUGAUAAACUCCUCCAUGAUGGAAGGGAUCUGGAAGUGGCAGGAAUCGCACGCACAUUACACACGGGGAUAUCUGAUAUGAUAAAAAUGGUAAAUAUUUCCUACAAUAUACAGAAAGCUGCGGACAUAUUACUGGAUGUGAACACAGCUCAUAAUUAUCUACAGAUAUCAGAGGACAUGAAAACUGUAUCCUGGUCAAAUAUGAAACAGAAUCGUCCAGAAACACCAGAGAGAUUUGAGAAUUGUGCUCAGGUAUUAAGCAGCAGGAGAUUUUUCUCAGGGCGACAUUACUGGGAAGUGGAUGUCAGCCAGUCAGAGUGCUGGAUAGUUGGGAUGUGUUACCCCAGUAUAGAGAGGACGGGAUGGUUUCACUCAUGGAUUGGUUAUAACAACAAGUCCUGGGGUUUGUACAGACACAAUGAUCAGUGCUCAGUAAUACAUGACAGCACUGUGAUCCUAUCACCUGACAAUAUCCCCAGGAAUACUGUCAGGAUCUAUCUGGACUAUGAGGCCGGACAGCUGUCCUUUUAUGAGCUUCGUGACUCAGUCAGACACUUACACACCUUCACCACCACCUUCACUGAGCCCCUUCGUGCUGCGUUAUGGGUAGGGAAAGGUCCUGUAAAGGUAUCCGGGAGGAAUUUGGGAAUGUAA